AUGGGCUGUGUCUCUUCAAAACUCGUCAAGAAAGAACUCAAGCAAGAACAAGUCAUUGUCACCAAUGGCGGCGGUUACGUGAACCAUGUCGUUUCCCUCACUUCCUCCACCUAUGGAGCACUCAUGUUGGACAAGGAGAAGGAGCAACACCAACCCACAGUUGAAGAUUCCAAAACCGUGAAAAAAUCUCCUCCUCGGAACCGCGAAGAACCCGAAGUGAUCAACGCUUGGGAACUCAUGGAGGGUCUAGAAGAGGGAGUGCCCAUGUCAAAUAACCCCAAGAAAAGCCCCAAGUCCACACCUUUCCUUCGUGGGUUCCUCGCUACGGACACCAAAACCCCCUUGAAGUUUCUCAACCAAUUUGGGUCACCCAAAAGUCUUAGGAAGUUCACAGGGAAGGAGAACAAGACUCAAGGUCAAGGCAAUGCUGGUGUAAGACGUUUGGAUUACAAUGUUAGCCCUAAGGGGAUCCUCAAACCCUCUAAUUUUUCUUCUCCCUUAAAAGGGUCUCCUAUUCGUGCUCGAAGGAACAGUUUCGGGAGUGACACAAAGAGAAGGAGUCCUAGCCCUCUGUUUGAUCCAGAGCUUCUCGCCUCUUACGAAAAGGAACUCUCCGAAGAGGAAGAACAGAUCAAGAGAAUGGUGUGGGCCACCCCCAAAACCCGGAGAGUCAGAAAAUCUUUGGACUCGCAAACUUUUGUUAACACCUUUGAGGAAAAGUGUCCACCCAAAGGGGAAAAUUGCGUUGUCAUUUACACCACCACGUUGCGGGGGAUCAGAAAGACGUUUGAGGAUUGCAACAAGGUUAGGUCCAUUGUCGAGUCCUAUUGCGUGCACGUGAUUGAGCGUGACGUGUCAAUGGAUUCGGGGUUUAAGGAGGAGUUGCGGAAGCUGAUGGGGACGAAGCAAGUUAAGGUUCCAAUUGUUUUUGUGAAAGGAAGAUUGGUUGGUGGAGCUGAAGAAGUUGUGAAGUUGGAAGAAGAGGGGAAAUUGGGUGUUCUCUUUCAGGGGAUUCCUCCCAAGACGUUGGGUGAGUGCGAAGGGUGUGGUGGAAUGAGGUUUGUGAUGUGUGAGAAGUGUAAUGGAAGUUGUAAGGUUUUGGAUGAGGACUGCAAGAAGAAUGUGAGGUGUGGUCAGUGCAAUGAGAAUGGACUGGUUCAAUGCCCUUUGUGUCGUUGA